AUGCAUCGAUCUGUUCAGAUCUUCUGCAUUUUGGCCGCCAUUACGAUGGCCUACAGUCAAGGUAGUCGUGACGAGAAUCCGAGUGCCAAACGCAAUGACUUCUCCAGAGACAUCAUGUCGUUCGGAAAGAGAUCCGCUGGCGACACUGCCGACAUGUACGAUCGAAGAAUUAUGGCAUUCGGAAAGAGACAGCCAAACUUCGACCGCGACAUCAUGUCCUUCGGCAAGCGUUCCGCCCCAUCCGACUUCUCCCGUGACAUCAUGAGCUUCGGAAAGCGAUCCUCCAUGUACGACCGCGACAUCAUGUCAUUCGGAAAGCGUGCCGCCACAGACUACGACCGCCCGAUUAUGGCAUUCGGAAAGCGUGCCGAGGACUACGAGCGACAAAUCAUGUCUUUCGGACGGAAAUAA